AUGGAAUACCCUCCGCAGUAUCAACAGCCUCAUGGCCAACAUCCACACCCUUCUUCCCACAUGGGCGGCCCAUAUCAGCCAGCGCCGCAAAAUCCAGGGCCGGCUGUGGGUUCGAUGACGUCUCCGACAAAUCCGCAAGCACACAUGCAACCAGGACAUCCGUCGCAUCAAGCUUCCCCCGUUGUCCCUUCGCAAUCACAUUAUCAACAGGCUCAAAGCACACCGGGCCCUGUACACCAGCAGAUGAACUUCCCGCAAGGCUACGGCGUCCCGCCUCAACAACUUCCCCCAAGUCAAUACGGCAUAUCCCCCACUCAGGCUGCUGCCAUGGCAACUGCGGCCGCGUCGGGGCAAUUCUAUCCGAUACACUCAGAUUCGAUGGCUGGCCAGAUGCAGCCUGGUCCUCGUGGCUCGCCACGCAUGGCAGGAGUACCGGUCAAAGCUGACAGCAGGAAUCCCCGGUCGCCCCCGCAAAUGUCUGGUCAAAUGCCCCCAAUACCAGCAAUGAGCUCGCAAAGCGCGCAGAUGCAGCAACGCCGCAUGAGCCAUGUCGGCAGUCCGCACGUGCAGAACGCGCAACCUGUCUUGGGUGGUCACGUCGGUCGGCCCUCGGUGCCCCCUUCCAUGCCGCCUCCUCCACACCCUGUUCAACAGAGCCAGCCCGCGGAGACUCUUGUCCCUGGUGGUGCUGAGGAGUCCCCAUUAUACGUAAACGCCAAACAAUUUCAUCGAAUCCUGAAACGUCGUGUCGCCCGACAGAAACUAGAAGAACAGUUACGGCUCACCUCAAAGGGCCGCAAACCAUAUCUCCAUGAAUCGCGUCACAAUCAUGCGAUGCGCCGUCCGCGUGGCCCUGGUGGUCGAUUCUUAACGGCAGACGAAGUGGCAGCCAUGGAGAAAAAGGGUGCCGGUGGCGCCGGACAGGAGAAUGCAGACCUAUCAAAAUCGGUGGGUGACAUCUCUCCCGGUCAGAAACGCAAAGCGAGCGAUGGGAAUGACGAUACCCUCAGCUCCGCUAAGAAAGCAAAGACCGGUGCGCCAAAGGCAAAUCAUACCGCGGACGAGAGUGAUCCCGAGUCUGGUCCCUCUGAUGAGGACGGUUGA